AACGAUAGUUUGAGCGUCCCUUGGUGCCUUCGUCCGUCCUCCUCUAGGCUGCUGCCAGUGAAUCAUCUUCAACGACCCCCUCCUCUUGGAUCCGGCCAGAAGACUCUUAAGGGGGCCCCCGACGCAGCGCGAGGCCAGUCCGAGAACGCGACCCUAACAUUAACAUCCGGUGUAUUCCGACAGUCGGAAACGGAAACGACUGCUUGAUCGUACGAUUAGUCGCACGGCAACAUGAAGAUCGCUACGCUGCUUCUAGUUAUCGUGGCCUUCGCUUCAGGUCAGAGGAUCACGACAAUUCAGCUCGAUGGCGUCCAAUAUUUUGUAUCAAGAAUGAAUCCGUAUAGUCCAGAACUGAACUACUUCCUAGCGUAUCAAUAUUGUCGUUCUCUGGGUCUUCAACUGGCGUCCUUCGAAACGAAGGAAAAAUCAGAUACUAUGACACAAUAUCUUAAAAAUGCCGGUUACACAAAAUAUGAUUUUUGGACGUCUGGUAAUAAACUCGGCACGGAUAUGUUCCUAUGGAUGAGUACAGGACUACCCUUCAACACGACAUUCGAUUAUAUGCUAAAGAGACCUGGAAACAGACCUGCUGAUGUUCCACCUGGCACCGAACCUCAGAGAGUUGCGCGUGAAAGUGGCGACAGUGGCAGUGCAGACGGUUGCGUCGCGAUGAUAGCACCAACGUUAGCAUGGGAGGCUCAGGAUUGUACCCUCGUUAAGGACUUUAUCUGCGAGCAAACAAGAUGCUACUACUAUAACUACGGCAGCAUUCCAGUCUCCGCGACUCAGGGAAAUCGAAGACCCUACAUAACGACCACCUCGGCGCCGGCCAGCGACGACCAGAUCGACGAGCACGUGGAGGAGGAAAAUAAGGAUGAGAAAAAACAUGAUGAAGUUAUCGAAGAUAAGACAACGUCAUCGUCGAACGAGGAAAAUGAAGAAUCAGCGAAUGAAAACGUACCCGAAGACCCGGUCGUUAGCAGGCUGAUAACAACAGCCGCUUCCGUGUCUGGCAAGUUAGAUGAUAAAGAUGAUCAACAUGAAGAAUCAACGACAUCGAGCUUAGGGAACAUCGAACGUCGUAGACAAACUGAUGCAUUUGUCCUUGAGAAUACUAGACCAGACGAUAUUCCGGACAUCACGAGUCUCUUCACAGCUGGCAACGAUGAUGGUCAAGUAAUACGUCAUCAAGCUAGAAAAGAGAAUUCUGCGAGUGUAUUCGACGGUCUUGAGACUCGUGAAGUCCUUCGUACGGCAUCUAGACCAUCAACCUCGGAUAUGAAGAUGGAACACAGGGAUUCUCUCGAUUAUGACGUUCUCUCGGAUGCACCAGCUGAUAUACAUACCGAUGUCCAAGCUGAAACUGAACCGCCAAAUAAUGGUCUCGAGGAUGCACAUACCAUUGGUCCUUAUGACACUGUUCAAGACUACGUUAACGAUCAACAGGACAUCGGUGAAUCAGCAAUGAUGAAGGAUCAGGAUGAUGAUAGUAGUACGAUCCUGCCAGAGGCGGAACCGGCCUAUAGGUACAACAUCAAAGUGCGCACCAACGGCAAAGUAUUAGACCCUCCGUCCAAGUAACGCUUUACUCUUUAGGCAUCGACGCCUUCGUUAAACGCGUUCAUUCGUCUACUAA